CGAUUUAAUUUUGCGUAGUGCGGAGCACCACGUGAAAGUGAAGUUGGCGAAGGGCUGAAGUUGUCUGCGUUUAAAAUCGUGAAGCGCUCGUUGUGAUUCGAGUAGACAGCUGGUGUUCUGCCUGCAGGAAGUGCUAAAGACCUAGUCAAGACACUGGUGUAGUGUUGUGUAGUGUUGGCGGUGUGGUUACGACGACGGAAACAUGCCGAACAUGAAGAACAAAAUGAGCAAGCGGGUGUCGUGCCGGCAGCGCUACAAAGUAGAAAAGAAGGUACGGCAGCACUUGAAGAAGAAAAAGAAGGAGGCAAAGAAGAACCCGCACAAACACAAGCCAAAGGAUCCUGGCAUUCCCAACAGCCUUCCCUUCAAGGGGGCGCUGCUCAAGGAGGCACAGCUGCAGCAGCAGAUGCGUGAGGAACAGCGGCGUCGCCAGAAAGAAGCUCGGCAGGAUCAACACGCCAAACACCGUGACCUUGGCGAAUUACAAGCCGACGCUGUUAAACGCCAAGCCCAGCACGCUGCUGUCAGUGGCUUGCUGAUUGACCAUCUGGUGCAGACAGGCCAGGAUCAUCUGCUUAAGGAGCUGUCUAACCGAACAGGUUACCAAGAACUGCGGAAAGUUGUGGAGGCUGCCGAUGUUGUGCUCCAGGUUCUUGAUGCCAGGGAUCCAUUGGGCACACGCAGUCCGCAGUUGGAGCAGCUGGUGCAGUCGCGGGGUAAACGCCUUGUGCUGCUCCUCAACAAGAUUGACUUGAUCCCACGGGAAAACUUGACAAAGUGGCUACGUUACCUACGCCGAGAGCUUCCCACCAUUGCCUUCAAGGCAUCCACUCAGACCCAGAAGAAGCACCUGUCUCAGCAGAGGGCAGCUCCUGAUGCAGAGACACGGGCCUGCCUGGGUGCCCAGCUAUUGCUCAAGCUGCUGGGGAACUACUGCCGCAACCAGGGGAUCCAGGGGUGCAUCACAGUCGGUGUUGUAGGCUAUCCGAAUGUGGGCAAGAGCAGCCUUGUCAACAGCCUGAAGAGGACGCGAGCCUGCACAGUUGGAGCAGUACCAGGUGUCACCAAGUACAUGCAGCGUGUCCAGCUGGACAGCCACGUGUGGCUUCUGGACAGCCCCGGUGUGGUGCUGGCUUCGGGUGAUGCGACAGAAGCCACGGUGGCGCUGCGUAAUGCCAAGAGCCCCCAGUCUCUGGAAGACCCUGUGGGGCCCGCCUGCUCCAUCCUGCGGCGGGCGUCACGCGAGCAGCUCAUGCUCCAGUACCGGCUGCCUGAGUAUGGCUCGCCUGAAGAGCUGCUACUCAUGCUGGCCAAGCGCAUGGGACGACUUCGCAAAGGCGCCCUGCCCGACGCAGCUGCGGCAGCCCGCAAGAUCCUUUCCGACUGGAACUGUGGCCGCAUCAAAUAUUGCACGGAACCUCCUGAGGACAAGUCUAAUGUGGAAGGCAGCAGCAUUGUGUCAGCCCUGGGUGCAGAGUUUGACUUGGACGCAAUUGCUGAGGAAGAGGAGCGCGAGCUGAAGGGCCUCCCUGUAGUGCGACCAAUGGAUGUUGUUCCUUUGGAGUCCAUGGGUACCGCAGACAUGGCACCUGAAGAAGAAACCGGCACCUCCAUGGACACUGGCCAGGAGUCAUCUGGGCCACAAUGGACAGCGGAGGCACCGCGCAAGAAGGCUACGAGUGCCAAAGUGACAAGCAAAAGUGAAAGUGGGAUCGAAUCUGAGCUGCAACAAAACAAGGCUCGGCGGAAAGAGUUCAAGAAGAUGCUCAAGAAGCGUAAACGAUCUGACAAGGUUGCAUCUGCCCUUUCGGACUCUUUAGAAUCUGCACUUGCUGGCUUAGGUGGGAGUGAAUAAAUCUAUUAAAAUGAAUAUUAAAUCAAGCA